AUUAGCAGAUGACACUUCAAGUUCCGAUGCCAACAGACCACUAUAUAUAUGGGCCACAUAUACAGUUGGUUGUUCAGUUAUUUAGUUGGUUUCUUGGAUUUGAGAGCAGAGUGCCAUGGCGUCCACAACUUAUGAUGAGGUUGAAAAGAUCUGGUCGGGACCGAAGGGCAAGGAGUACUAUGGCCCCGACAUGACCCUGGGUGAGGUGGCGCUGCUAAUACUAAAGCUACAUGCCGACUCCGUGAUGCAGGUCCUUGAUCCUACAGGGGAGUGUCUAACUGGAGGUCAGCUCUACGAGCAGAGUCGUCGUUUAGCGCAUGCUUUCAAGUAUCUAAAACUAAAUCGAGGCGAUGUGGUUGGCAUAUCUGCCAGCAAUACAACUUACCUCACUGAGGUGGUCAUUGCAGCACUGCUAAGUGGCACGCCCAUCAAUCCAUUGCACCCGGAUUUCGACAAGGAAACGGUGGCCUAUAUGUACGAGAUCACCAAGCCGAAGAUCAUCUUUUGCGAUCAGAACAACUACAAAAAGUUGGCUGCCGUUAAAGAUAGCUUGAAAUUCAAAACGGAAUUCAUUCUGAUCAGCGGCAGUUUGCCAGGGGUGCGCCAUAUUCAAGAUUUGCUCGAAAAAAGCGCCGAUGGCUACGAUCCUAAAACGCUGUUUGCCUGCCCGCAAUUGAGGGGUGACGACACGGCUUUCAUCAUUAGCUCAUCUGGCGUCAACGAUUUACCUAAGGGAGUCACGCGCUCACAUCGUAGUCUUUUGGACAUCACCAAGAUGCCUCAGCUAUUCACAUCGAAGACAGUGGUGUUCUGCUUUAGCCCAAUGUACUGGAUAUCGUGCAUCUAUACGAUGCUCGUUUCGCUCGUCAAUGGCUGCAAACGUGUGAUCACCAAUCAACCCUUCAGCCCCGAGUACUUUGCCGAGGUUGUGGCGCGUCAUAAGAUCAGCUUUAUGUUGACCGUGCCACAUCACAUGGCGAUGCUGGCGAAGAGCAAAAACUCCGAGUUGACACAGCAGCUGCAGUCUCUGCAGGCCAUUGUUUGCUGUGGCUCAAAGCUGCCGCUCACCACUUGGCGGCGACUGUAUGAUCUACUGGGCAGCGAUAGAUUCCAUGUGCUGUAUGGCCUUUCCGAGAUUGGGGGCGUUAGUAAGAAUGUGGGCGGUCCGCUGGGUUGUGAGGGCAAGCUGCUGCGCAAUGUCCAGGUGCGCAUUCUAGACGAGCAUGGCAAUGGUUUGGGCCCCAAUCAGACUGGUCACAUUCAUGUACAUCUCAAUCACCGCUGGGGUGGUUACUAUCGUAAUCCGCAGGACACUCAAACGACAGUAACGCCCGAUGCGCAAUGGUUGUUAACUGGUGAUUAUGGCUUCAUUGAUGAGGAGGGCUUCCUGCACUUUCAGACACGCGAUUCGGAAGUGUUUAAGUACAAUCAAUUUCAUAUAUUUCCCAAGGAGAUCGAGGAUGUCAUCCUGCACCUGCCAGGAGUCCAUGAGGCAGCCAUCUUUGGUGUGCCCGACGACGUCUCUACCAAUCUGACAGCCUGCGCUGUGGUGUGUGAGCAGAACGAAGCGGGUAAAAAUCUAACAGUAGAGCAAAUCAUCUCCACUGUGGCAAAGCAUCUGAGCGAGGCAUAUCAUCUGCGUGGUGGGGUUUACUUUAUGGAGCAGCUGCCCAAGACCACUAAUAAGAAGAUUCAAAGACGCAAUAUCCUCUCGGAAGUAAGGAAACUGUCUGGAGUCACACCUUUGUAAAGAAAUUUUAAAUAAAAUAUAC